UCACAAAAUCUUGGGGCGAACUUGUCUCUUUUUUCCUCUUCUUAAUAUCUUCCUUUCUAAUUUGUUUAUUUCUUCUUCUUCUUCUUCUUCUUAAUCUUCUCUAGAUCUCCGCCAAAGGUUUCCAUUUCACAAUCUGGAUUCCACAUAACUGUUUUGUUUUCUGAGCCAGUAGUAUGGCUUUAGUUGAGGAAUUUUUGGAUAUAUUUGGAAGAUCAACGAUAGGGGCAAUAUUUGUAGAGAUGGUGUUUUGCCUAGGUCCAGUUUGGAUCGCCUUUUUUGUUGGUAUCGUAGUAGGAUGGUUUUGGAAACCCAAAUGGGCUACCUUGGGGAACCGUAAAUUUGAUUUUUCAAUGCCUUCUUCGCCUACUGCUUUGGUUCUUUCUCCGUCAAAUAGCUCAGAGAAUGAACACUUUGCAUCAUCCCCCCAAUAUGAUUCUGCGAAGAGCCGUCCACUGCAGCAGAACAAGUUUGAGAAUUUAACAGUAACGGAUGAAGAUUUUGAGCAUUUGUUUCAGCUUGUUGAGAAGAAAGAUGGAGGACCCCCUUGGAAGCAUAUGAUGGAUCGUUCAGUCCCUCAUAUGAGCUACCAAGCUUGGCAAAGAGAUCCAGAGACUGGUCCACCUCAAUAUUGCAGCAGAACUGUGUAUGAGGAUGCAACACCUGAGUUGUUGAGGGACUUCUUCUGGGAUGAUGAGUUUCGACUGAAGUGGGAUGACAUGAUUGUAAAUGCUGAGACAAUCGAAGAAUGCCCCACAACCGGAACGAUGGUAGUACACUGGGUGCGAAAGUUUCCAUUCUUCUGCAGUGAUAGAGAAUAUAUAAUUGGCCGUCGAAUAUGGGAUUCAGGGAGGUCAUAUUAUUGUGUAACAAAGGGAGUGCCAUGCCCUUCUAUUCCCAGGAAGGACAAACCAAGACGAGUUGACCUGUAUUAUUCAAGUUGGUAUAUUGGAGAAGUGGAAUCAAGUAGAGGUAACAGCCAGCCGACGGCAUGUGAAGUGAUUCUAUUCCAUCAUGAAGAUAUGGGCAUCCCAUGGGAAAUUGCAAAAUUUGGGGUAAAGCAAGGUAUGUGGGGAGCUGUGAGGAAGAUUGAGCGGGGAUUCCGUGCCUACCAGAAAGCUAAAGCAUCUGGCUUGAAAAUAUCUCAUUGUGCUUUUAUGGCUAGAGUUAAUACAAAAAUUGAUCGAGAAUACUUGAAGUCAAUGGAAGAUGAUGAGGACUCAUCUGAAACUGAAUUGCAAGCUUCACCUGCAAAACCUGAGGGCAUGAACAUACCAAAGCUGAUUAUCAUUGGUGGAGCUGUGGCAGUUGCUUGUACCCUUAAUCAAGGAAUCUUACCCAAGGUGCUUUUGUUUAAUGCUGUGAAAAGGUUUGGAAAUAUAGGAAGGAGAGCAUGUCCAAGGACAUGACAUUUGAUUCAUGCGUGCAUUGCGCAUUUGUUUUUUCCCUGUUUAAGCAUUCACUUUUAAGCUCUUUAUAUAUUUAAAACAAGCAAGUGUUAUUUUGUCCAA